UUAGAACAUAACCUAAAGUUCAAAAUUCUGUAUUUUCAAACAGAAAUACAAAAAUAAUCAAAUACUGAAAAUUUCCGAAUCCUUAAGGCAAAACCCAACAGAAUGAAUAUUUUCACAAAAAGCAAAUCCCUAAUAAGCCCUCUGUUGCGUUUCGCUAGUUCAAAACCAGCAGAAGAAAUAAAAAAACUGGUGGGAAACAACAAAGUGGUUGUGUUCAUGAAGGGGGUCCCCGAGCAGCCCCAAUGUGGAUUCAGUAACGCUGUCGUGCAAAUAUUGAGGAUGCACGGGGUCUCAUACGAUUCCCACAAUGUUCUAGCCGAUGAAUCUCUCAGACAGGGAAUAAAAGAGUACUCAAACUGGCCAACCAUUCCCCAAGUUUAUAUCAAUGGUGAAUUUGUUGGUGGUUGCGAUAUUAUGCUUCAGAUGCACCAGUCGGGAGACCUUAUCGAAGAAUUGGAGAAGGUUGGGGUUAAAAGUGCUUUAUUGGAUCAAAAAAAUAAGACAGAGGAUGCCAAAGAGUCAAAAGAGAAGAAGGAAAAUUAGAUUUAUUUAGUUACAUAUAUUGUUUAUUGACUGUUAUUUGUUUGUUUGUAAAUAUUUAAAUUAGUAAUAAAGUAAUUUGAAAUUUA